GUCAGGGAGACAUCCAUGGGAAGUGACAGAAGCUCUUAGCUCCUGCUUAGCUUACCAGCGUAACUGGGCUCAGUUUACAACUGACUCUACGGGUCUGCAAAUUAAGACUCUUUCUGAAAGGGUAUACACCUCUUUCAUCUCCUGUCUUCACUCACAGCACAUAAGUACCUGAAGUGAACUAUGACAUCCCAUCUUGGACUAUGGUCCCAAAAGGAAGGUGCAGCAGACGCACAUAGUCAGUGAGGAUUAAAGAGAGACAUCAACUCAUAAACCAGUCACCCGUCUUCUCCAGCCCAUUCUCCCGCCUCAGCCACCCCCCUUCAGCUUCAGACAUCUCCUUUACCAACAGCCAUUCUCAGUGUUGCACUGGGAGUCCCUACUGCAAGAAGAGGGACACGCCAGGUCACAACAGAAGGGGCGCGGGUCAGGGGGCCAAGGGUCAGGGGGUCGUGGGGCAGAGGGAUAGCGCGCAGAUCACUAUCUCACAUUUCAGUAUGUUGUUCAUGGAUCCCCACUGCAUUGUAUUAUAAUGCGCAAAUGGAGGCUGACAUGGAACCUUCCAAAUCUGCUCUCGGGACUGUACGUGCACAUGCUCUUCCUGCUUGGCAGUGUGUGUGUAACCUUUAGUGACCGCUCUCCAGAGCAAAUGGCCGCCAUCAUGAACUGUUCCAAACACGAACGCCACACCCGGAACUACGACUACAUGGAGGGAGGAGACGUACGCAUCCGACAGCUGUUCAGCCGAACACAGUGGUUCCUGACCAUUGAUGACUUCGGCAACAUCAAUGGGACUCAAGAUCCCACCAACUGCUACAGUAUCCUGGAGAUCAGGACUGUGUCCGAGGGAGGUAUCCUGGCCAUCAAAGGCAUCAAGAGUCAGUACUAUAUCUCCAUGAACAGGACCGGACAGCUGCAAGGCAAGAAGAUCUACAACGAUAACUGCAACUUCAAGGAGGUUUUUCUAGAAAACUAUUUCAACGCUUACUCCUCUGCAAAGUGGACUAGAAACGGCAAAGAAAUGUUCAUAACCUUGUCCCAGAAGGGAAGGCCACUGCGGGGGAGGAAGACCAGGAGGGAGCACAUAGCAUCUCACUUCAUCCCUAUGAAAUGCAGGGAGGAGGAGAGGAGGGUGGACUGACAGAGCAAAGGACUAACAAGUCGCAAACUGUGUAUGAUUUCAGUCAUGUUAUAUAAGCUGCCGGGCACAGAACUCACAUGCACUCAUUACCAACAUCACGCUCAAUUCUCCUCACACUGUAGAUUAACUAUGUGAUAAUCCAUGCUAUGUUGUCAUUUUCAUGAAAAAAACAACAUAUAUUUGAUGAACACAUUACAAACUGGUAAAACUAUUCUGCCUUCAGAUAUUUUUUUCUGUUAAAGAUCUCCACACAAGGAAGUGCUGAAAUAUUUGAACUGAAUUAUUUCAACUGGUAUGAAAACUGUAAACCCACUAAAAUCCAUUCAGUGUUAUGGCUAUUAAAAGUUUUAUUUUGAUUAUAUUUCCUUAUAAAGCAGUUACAUAUUUUCAUAUAAAAUUGUUAAAUGCAUUAUUCGCAGUCAGGACUGUAUUUUUCUCCAAAGACUACAUAUGCCCACCCAGAUAAGCAGACAUUUAUGAUGAAUAGCAAGGCUCAAAACAGAGAGUUGGCUCUACCAAGAUGUGGUGAAACAAGCUGGACUUGUCUUUUUACGGUACGGUACUAGUCUUUUUACAGUACAAGUGCUCAGAGCACACAAAACAGGGGCACAAUAAUUAAGAUUACAGCAACACAUUCAGUAAAAUUGUGUAGCCUAUGUGGAUGAUCUGUUGUCUGGUUCUUCUUGCACUGUAGGCCAGGCUCCUGUCAAAUACAUUAUAGCUGCUCACUGACCUGCUCUUCAUUAUUAUCAAGGUGUGAUUUUAAAAUGCUAGAAUAUUCUACUGCUGCUGAGAAGAUAUCCAGAUUAAAAGCCAAAGUGAACACCAUUUUGAAUGUGUAUGUUAUAUGUUUUUUUCCAUCACGGUUAAUGAUCAUAUAAAUGGAACACAUGAAAUGUAUUUCUGUCCCUUAUAUGUAAAAAAAAUAUAUAUAUAUUUAUUUAUGGAGAGCUAUUUUUUAUUAAUUCUGUUGAGACAUUCCGAUUUCUCAAAUAUGACUAAGAUCCAACACAAAGAGCUUCAUUACAGCAUUACAUACUAAAAGGUCCUUUUAUGUUCAUUUUUGAUACAAGCAUAGGUAAAGUCACCUACUCAUCUCAUUCUCAACAGGCUACUAUCUUAAACUCUGCAUGAUAUCACUGCAAUAU